AUGUUAAUGUCAAAUAGACCAAUUGUUGUACUAAUAUUAUUAUGGAAUUGUCAAAAUUCAAUGUCCUAUUAUCAUCUUCAUGAAGAUAGUAUUGAUGAAAGAAAUAUUUCAACAAGCACACUAGAGAAUUUUUAUUCAACAACAUCUAUUGAAUCAUCAACAAUAGAAUACACAAGUGUUCCUAAUUAUCAAAUUUUUACUUCAAAUGAUACAAUAACAUCAUUUUUUUCUACAAUCACUGUCUUCAUAACUGAAGUACCUUUAUUAUUUUCCAUUAUAUCUUUAACUAUUCGAACAUCUCGAAUUGAACAACAAGAAUAUUUAUAUUCAGUCGACAUAUUAAUAAAUAGUACAUGUUCAUUAAAACGAGAAUCAAAUGUAACAUUAAUUUUUCAAUCAUUAUCAUUUAAUGAAACUAAACGAUGUUUAUUUCCACCUAAACAUCAUGGAUUAAUGACAUGUGAUAAUUUUACCUAUGGUGUUCAUUAUACAGUUGAUGGAUAUCUAUUAUGUGGUACACGAAAUGUUACUUUAUCAACAAGAAAAGAACUUUAUGAAUCAAUAAAACCAAAAUAUAUAAAUUCAACAAAUAGUCCAACAUCGAUUGAUACAUUAUUUUUCUUACCUGGUUUAUUUUAUAGAUUAAUUACUGAAUUAACAAGUGUUAAUCAAACAUGUUCAAUUGAAUAUUCAUCAAUUUAUUCACCUUUUUAUCAUUGUUUAUUUAAAAAUUUAAUUCCUGCUCAAUGGUUUGUUUUAACUUAUUAUGUAUCAACAGAUAAUGAUCAAGUAUCAUCAGGUGAUGUAACCAUUGUUUAUACGGAAUUGGAAGAUUUUUAUUUUCGAUGUGAACUUAACAAAAAUAAUCAACAAAUUGAUUUUUAUUGGACAAAUCUAAUCGCUUCUGGUUAUGCAAAUUUAACAAUUUCAAUAUUAACCGAAGAAUAUAAACAAUUAGGAAUUAUUUCAUGUGAUCCAUAUAUAUCAAAAAGUAUUUGUUCAACAAAACAAUAUCAUUUAGAAUCAGGUAGAGAAUAUCAUAUAAUAGCUAAAUUAAAAAAAGUAUUACCAAAUUAUAAUGGUCAAAAAACUGGAACAUGUUCUAUCAAAACAAAUCUUAGUGAAAUACCAAUUAAUUCUAUUCGACAUGAAUUUUUAAAUGAAACAAUUGUUCGAUUAACUUGGCUUAAUCAUCCAUUUCAUAUUCAAGUUCGAUUAAGAAAUCUUGAAACAAAUAUAUUAGAAAAUCCUAUAGAAAAUAAUCAGAAAGCUGCUUUAUUCAUUCAUUUAACUGAAGCAAGUAUUUAUCAAUUAGAAUUUAAUAUUUCAAAAAUUUAUUGGUCAUCAUUGAUUCAAAUUACUGAUUAUUAUAUUCAAACAGAUUUUAAAAAAUUAAUCAUUGAAAAUAUAAUUCGAUUAUCUGAAAAUACUUUAAUUGUAAAUAUUAAUCGAUAUGAUUUAUCAAAAAUAAAAAUAAUUUAUUGUAUUGAACAAAUGAUUGAUAAUAGUUUAAAAUUUUGUUCAAUAUCAAAUACAUUUAAUCAACUUAUUCCUGGAUCAAUUUAUAAUAUAUCUGUAAGUAUUUAUCGAGAUUCAUUUGAAAAUAUUUUCAUUUGGAAAAAACAAACUGUAUAUAAACUUGUUAAUACAAAUCCAUCUCCAUUACGAAUUCGUACUUGGAAAGGAAAUGAAUAUUGUGCAGCAGAAUUAAUAAAUACAUAUUCGAUAUUACAUUCAAUAGAAUGUAUAUCAAAUGAAAAAAUUUUAAAUUGUAAUCAACUUCAAUGUGGUUGUCGAUAUCGAUUUCAUAUAUUAUUUAAUCAAACACAUAUUAAUUCAUUAUGUUCAAAAUCACAAUGUGAUAUACAAUUUAAUAAUUCGAAUUUUACAAAUGUUCAUUUUCAAACACCAUUAGAAUCAGUUAAAAAUCUUCGAUUAAUUUCUCUUUCACUAAUAUUAAGAAAAAUUCAAGUUGAUUUUGAUCGACCAUAUGGAUGUUUUGAUCGAUUUAUAUUAAUUUGUGAAACAAUACCAUUAAAACAACGUCGAAUAUUUAUUAAUUCAACUAUUUGUACUGAUUUAAUACCUAAUGAAUUUUAUCGAAUUUAUGUUGAAACAAAAAAAAUUGGAUGGGAAACAGUUAUAUCAAAUAUUAUUGAAACUCGACUUGAUUUAACUUCAAAUAUUAAUAAUGAAAUAACGAAAAAAGGAUCAAGUCUUCAAUCUGUUAUUAUUCCUUGUGUGAUUGCUAUUUUAUUAAUUCUUAUUUUAAUCGUAUUAAUUGCUUUUUAUUUUGCAUAUCGAUAUAAUCGUCGAAAACGAAUGAAUCAACGAGAUCAACAACAAAUAACAACAAUUAAUAAUACAAAUACAACAACAAAAAUGAAUAAUGUUGUUAAUCAAGUUAAUAUAUAUUCAAAUUCACAACCAACAGAAUCAAAAAAAAAUGUUCUAACUUCAAGACCCAUUCAAAUAAAAGAUCUUUCAUUUGAAUAUGAAAAAUUAAUUGCAAAUAAUUAUUAUAACAUAUCGGAUGAAUUUCAUAAACUUCAAAAUAAUCUUCAACAAAUUCCCGAAUUUACACAAUGUAAUCAAUCAUUUAAAAAUCGAUAUAAAGAUAUAAUACCUUAUGAACAUUCACGUGUUAAAUUGAUUCCUGUUGAUGAAUGUGAUUCAGGAUAUAUCAAUGCUAAUUUCAUUAGUGGAUUACAUAAUCCUCGAGAGUAUAUUGCAUGUCAAGGUCCACUUAAAUCAACAAUUAAUGACCAUUGGAAAAUGAUAUGGGAACAAAAUGUUAGAAUUAUUAUUAUGCUUUCAGGACUUGUAGAACGAGGAAUGAAAAAUUUAUUUAUUGAAAAUAAACAAAAAUGA